ACCGUAAGCUAGCCUGUUGGGGGCUUAUAUAAAGACACCCUCCGACACAAGAGGCAAUCUGGUGGAUAACCUUUCACAGAACUGUACCAGUUUUACCGCUUUGUGUGAAAAACAGAAUGGCAUCCUCUAGACUGGCCCUGCUGAUUGUCCUUGUGUCCUCCAUGGAGCACUGUCUCUCUGCUACCUGUAUCGUUGAAGACUUCUCAGUUAAAGAAGAGUUUGAUGCAAAGAGGUAUGCAGGGACGUGGUAUGCACUUCAGAAGAAAGACCCAGAGGGGCUGUUCCUGCAGGACAACAUUUCUGCUAACUACACUAUUCUUGAUGAUGGCUCCAUGACUGCCUCCUCCAAGGGACGCGUUACUCUGUUUGGCUUCUGGGUAGUGUGUGCUGAUAUGGCUGCUCAGUACUCUGUUCCAGACCCGACCACCCCAGGCAAAAUGUUCAUGAACUAUCAGGGUCUGGCCAGCUACCUCUCCAGUGGAGGUGACAACUACUGGGUGAUUGACACCGACUAUGACAACUAUGCAAUCACCUACGCCUGCCGCAUCGUGAAAGACGAUGGCAGCUGCGAGGACGGCUAUUCCCUCGUCUUCUCCAGAAGCCCCCGAGGCUUGCCUCCCACCAUCCAGCGUGUUGUCCGUGCGAAACAGGAGGAAAUUUGCAUGAGCGGACAGUUCCAGCCUGUGCUGCAGUCUGGGGCCUGCUAAGCAGACAACAGAGAAAAAGAGAGCAGGAGCGUAUGCCAGAUAGCUGCAGCCCGGGUGGCUUGACAGCAAAAAGAGUGAGAAUGAAAGAGUGCAUGUGCAAGUGAGAGAAAAUGAAUCAGUGAGAGUGAUAAUUAUAAAAGAUGAAACAAGAUUGACAGAAGUCAUCUUCCUCCUGUUUCACUCAUUUAUGCAUCAUCUGUCAGAGGAAAAUCUUUCCAGUGCAGUUUUGAUUUUGAAAUGAAAAUGAAAAUAAAUGUUUGUUUUUUUUAAACAAA